AUGUGGCAAACCCCACUUUUAACCUACUGGAACUCUCCCACCAUUGCCCAAGUCACUGUUGAAGCAAUUCCACCAUACAUUGUUGAAGGGAUAAACGUUCUUCUGGCUGUCCACAAUCCACCAAGAGAUGUCAUAGUCUUUUACUGGUACAAGGGAAAAGCUUCGGCUUGGAGUGAUGGAAUUGUCCAAAUUAUAACAAAUAAUAAUACAACAACAACAGGGCCUGCAUACAGCGGAAUUCAUGUUACUCAGGGAAGCUCAAUGGGAAGACUAAUCAUGACCUAUCUGUGGGACUUGCAGGGAGCUAGUCUACACUCAGCAUUGGAGGUCAGUGCAUCUGGAGAAACUCGCACAUUGUGUCUCAAGGAAGACUUUAGAUGGUCCCCUCCACUGUUGAUCCACAGAGCUGGUGACUCCACCCUCCAUGAAGUCACCAACACCACAGUAAAAGAACUGUACUCUGUGUUCCUGACCUGCUCCUCAAACAACACUGGGAUCUCCAUCCAUUGGCUCUUCAAUGGCCAGAGUCUGGAGCUCACAGACAGGAUGAAGCUGUCCCAGAACAAUAGCACCCUCAGCAUAGACCCUGUCAGGAGGGAGGAUUCUGGGGACUAUCAGUGUGAGGUCUCCAGUCCAGUCAGUUCCAAGAGGAGUGACCUCAUCCAGCUGGACAUAAUAACUGACCCAACCCAAGGAAGUUCUGGCCUUUCCGGGGGUUCCAUUGCCAGAAUCGUGGUUGGAUCUGUGGUUAUGGUGAAUUUGAUAUCAUCCCUGGUGUAUUUCCUUUAUUUCAGGAAAUCUGCCAAAGUUGCUGUCAAGCAGGCAGGACUCCUUCAGGCAGUCCUAACUACCAACACCCACCCAAUGGACCCUGUAACCUAA